AACUACGACGACACCAAUCUUUACCUUGUAAACCGUUGCCGUUUAUUAUUACUGAAAUUCGUACAACUGGACAAAUCUUUUUUCAAGUGUUAAUCAGGCAAAAAUAAGCUCAUUUGACUUUGUAGUCAUUGUAUCAACAUGUAUCCCCAUUGGAGGGAGGGGUAUUCUAUCUGAUAGGCUCAUAUUUCAAAGAGGACAUACCUUUACACAUAUGGCGUGAUGCCAGUAUAAACACAGUUUGUCUACAGUAGUUUCCUCUUUCACUUUCAAAAGAUUGUCCUGCAUACGCAGAGAGCCAGAUAUUGGGAGUUGCUGGUGGAUAAUUUAUGAAUUUACGCCUAAGUCAACGGAAUCUGGUCCGGUGGAGCGUGUCGUCGUGGUAAAGAUUUCAAGUCUUCGCUUCAACUCGUCUCAGUCCAUGUGCUAAAGUAAUAGUUUAAAAACUAAACUCAACAAGAAUAUUCAAGAUGUAGACGAAAAAAGCUUAUUAUAAAGAAAUGGCGCCAAUCCAAUCAAACCCUUUAUUGCAACGAAAAACAAGACAUCCAUCACAACUUGUAUAGCUUUGAAACUCAAUGUCAUUCAGAGAUAAAGUUACCAAAAGGUUUGAUCCAAUGUAUAUCAAAAAGACCAUGCCGACAAGAAAAGGCGUGCGCAUUAAAUAAAGAGCAGUCCUUUCUUUCACACAAUGAAAUACAGGUGACGACUUUACCAUGGUCUGUUAUAAGGAAUGUAUGUGCAACAGAUAGAACCUUAGCAUUUUAUAUUUAACAAACUAAAAUUUCAUAAAUAGCGCUAUAGCAUUCCAACAUGGCGGGCGUAGAUACUACUGAAAGUUCAUUGAUAAAAGCUGCUAGAGUAGGGAACUUAAAAGAAAUGUAUCGACUUAUAGAAGGCGGAGCUCGCGUCAACGCAGUAAAUGAAAACGAUCAAACAGCAUUAAUGAUUGUUGCGAAAAACUGGCGCUAUUUUAUACCCGAAAUAGCGAUUGCUUUAAUCAAAGGUGGAGCUGAUGUCAACAUGAAAGAUAAAGACGGCAAAACAGCACUGAUGCAUGCUAUAGCUCAGAAAAGUGAAGACAUUGCACUUGAUAUAAUUAAGCACAGCAAGGAUCUAAAAUUAAAUGCUGUUGAUAAUGAAGGCCAAACAGCAUUGAUGAAAGCUGCUAUAAAUAAAUAUGAUGGAAUGAAGACAAUUGCCGAUGCACUAAUCAAACGUGGUGCUGAUGUCAACAUACAGGACAUAGAAGGCAAAACAGCAUUGAUGUAUGCUGUUGCUCAGAGAGACGAAGACACUGCUCCUCUUGCAAUAAUUGAGGACAGUGAUGAUCUAGAUUUGAAUGCUGUCGAUAAUCGAAGCCAAACAGCAUUAAUAAAAGCUGUUAGAAGUGGAAGGACAACUAUUGUCGAUGCACUUAUUAAACGUGGUGCUGAUGUCAACAUACAGGACAUAGAAGGCAAAACAGCAUUGAUGCAUGCUAUAGCUCAGGGAGACGAAGACACUGCUUUUGUAAUAAUAGAGCACAUUAUUACUUAUGGAAAGACGAUUAGUGUCGAUGCACUAAUCAAACGUGGUGCUGAUGUCAACAUAAAAGAUAAAGAAGGUAAAACAGCACUGAUGCAUGCUAUAGCUCAGAAAAAUGAAGACAUUGCACUUGCAAUAAUUAAGCACAGCAAAGAUCUAGAUUCAAAUGCUGUCGACAAUGAAGGCCAAACAGCAUUGAUGUAUGCCAUAGAUUACGAAAAUGAAAACACCGCACUUGCAAUAAUAGAGAACUGCAAAGAUCUAGAUAUAGAUACUGUGGAUAAUCAAGGCCAAACAGCAUUGAUGAAAGCUGCUUUCAGUCGAGGAAUGACGACAUUUGCUCUGGCACUAAUCAAACGUGGUGCUGAUGUCAACGUCAAGGAUAAUAAAGGCAAAACAGCAUUGAUGUAUGCCAUAGCUUACCCAAAUGAAAACACCGCACUUGCAAUAAURGAGAACAGCAAAGAUCUAAAUUUAGAUACUGUCGACAAUCAAGGCCAAACAGCAUUGAUGAAAGCUGUUUUCACAGAAAUGAAGACAAUUGCCGAUGCACUAAUCACACGUGGUGCUGAUGUCAACGUCAAGGAUAAAGAAGGCCAAACAGCAUUGAUGUAUUCUAUAGCUUACGCAAAUGAAAACAUCGCAUUUGCAAUUAUGGAGAACAGCAAAGAUCUAGGUAUAAAUACUGUCGACAAUCAAGACCAAACAGCAUUGAUGAAAGCUGUUUUCAGAGGAAUGACGACAAUUGCCGAUGCACUAAUCACACGUGGCGCCGACGUCAACAUAAAGUAUAAUAAAGGCAAAACAGCAUUAAUGUAUGCUAUAACUUACGCAAAUGAAAACACCGCACUUGCAAUAAUAGAGAACAGCAAAGAUCUAGAUAUAAAUACUGUCGACAAUCAAGGCCAAACAGCAUUGAUGAAAGCUGCUAUCAAAGGAAUGACGACAAUUACCGAUGCACUAAUCAAACGUGGUGCUGAUGUCAACAUGAAGGACAAAGAAGGCAAAACAGCAUUAAUGUACGCAAUAGCUUAUAAGAGUGAUUCGAUAGCUGCUGCACUAAUCAGUGAAACUAGUAACGAUUUCAGUGUCAAUAGAGUCGAUAAUCAAGGGAAAACAGUAUUGAUGAAAGCUAUUAUAGAUGGGAUGACGAGAUUUGCAAUUGCACUUAUCAAACGUGGUGCUUAUGUCAACGUAAAGGACAAGGAAGGCGAAACAACAUUGAUGCAUGCUAUUGCUCAGAGAGACGAAGACACUGCUUUUGUAAUACUUGAGCACAAUAAAGAUCUAGAUUUGAAUGCUGUCGAUAAUCAAGGGAAAACAGCAUUGAUGACAGCUAUUACAGAUGGGAUGACGAGAUUUGCCAUUGCACUUAUCAAACGUGGUGCUGAUGUCAACGUAAAGGAUAAAAAAGGCAAAACAACAUUGAUGCAUGCUAUUGCUCAGAGAGACGAAGACACUGCUUUUGUAAUACUUGAGCACAGUAAAGAUCUAGAUUUGAAUGCUGUCGAUAAUCAAGGCCAAACAGAAUUGAUGAAAGCUGCUAUUAAAGGGAUGACGACAAUUGCCAUUGAACUUAUCAAACGUGGUGCUGAUGUCAACGUAAAGGAUAAAAAAGGCAAAACAACAUUGAUGCAUGCUAUUGCUCAGAGAGCUGAAGACACUGCUCUUGCAAUAAUUGAGCACAGUAAAGAUCUAGAUUUGAAUGCUGUCGAUAAUCAAGGCCAAACAGAAUUGAUGAAAGCUGCUAUUAAAGGGAUGACGAGAAUUGCCAUUGCACUUAUCAUACGUGGUGUUCAUGUUAACUUUAAGGACAAGGAAGGCGAAACAGCAUUGAUGCAUGCUAUUGCUCAGAGAGACGAAGACACUGCUUUUGUAAUAAUUGAGCACAGUAAAGAUCUAGAUUUGAAUACUGUCGAUAAUCAAGGACAAACAGCAUGGAUGAAAGCUACUUUACAUAGAAAGACGAUAGUUUCCCAGGCACUUAUCAAACGUGGUGUUCAUGUUAACAUCAAGAAUAAAGAAGGCAAAACAGCAUUGUUGCAUGCUAUUGCUGAGAGAGACGAAGACACUGCUCUUGCAAUUAUUGAGCAAAGUAAAGAUCUAGAUUUGAAUGCUGUCGAUAAUCAAGGCCAAACAGCAUUGAUGAAAGCUGCUUUAAAUAGAAAGACGAAAGUUGCCGAUGCACUAAUCAAACGUAGUGCUGACGUUAACAUGGAGGACAAAGAAGGCAAAACGGCAUUAAUGUACGCAAUAGGUUAUAAGAGUGAUUCAAUAGCUGCUGCACUAAUCAGUGAAACUAGUAACGAUUUCAGUGUAAAUAGCGUCGAUAAUCAAGGGAAAACAGCAUUGAUGAAGGCUAUUACAGAUGGGAUGACGAAAUUUGCCAUUGCACUUAUCAAACGUGGUGCUGAUGUAAACAUGAAGGAUAAAGAAGGCAAAACAGCAUUAAUGUAUGCUAUAUCUUACGCAAAUGAAAUAACCGCACUUGCAAUAAUGGAAAAAAGCAAAGAUCUAAAUUUAGAUACUGUGGGUUAUCAAGGCCAAACAGCAUUGAUGAAAGCUAUUAUCAAAGGAAUGACCACAAUUGCCAAAGCACUUAUCACACGUGGUGCUGACGUCAACAUGAAGGACAAAGAAGGCAAAACAGCAUUAAUGUACGCAAUAGGUUAUAAGAGGGAUUCCGUAGCUGCUGCACUAAUCAGUGAAACUAGUAACGAUUUCAGUGUCAAUAGCGUCAAUAAUCAAGGGCAAACAGUAUUGGUUAAAGCUAUUACAGAUGGGAUGACGAGAUUUGCAAUUGCACUUAUCAAACGUGGUGUUUAUGUCAACGUAAAGGAUAAAGAAGGUAAAACAGCAUUGGUGCACGCUAUUGCUCAGAGAGACGAAGACACUGCGUUUGCAAUAAUUGAGCACAGCAAAGAUCUAGCUAUGAAUGCUGUCGAUAAUCAAGGGAAAACAGCAUUGAUGACAGCUAUUACAGAUGGGAUGACGAGAUUUGCAAUUGCACUUAUCAAACGUGGUGCUUAUGUCAACGUAAAGGAUAAAGAAGGUAAAACAGCAUUGGUGCAUGCUAUUGCUCAGAGAGACGAAGACACUGCGUUUGCAAUAAUCAAGCACAGCAAAGAUCUAGCUAUGAAUGCUGUCGAUAAUCAAGGCCAAACGGCAUUGAAGAAAGCUAUUAUAGUUGGGAUGAGGAAAUUUGCAAUUGCAUUUGUCAAACGUGGUGCUGAUGUUAACUUUAAGGACAAGGAAGGCGAAACAGCAUUGAUGCAUGCUAUUGCUAAGAGAGAAGAAGUCCUUGCUCUUGCAAUAAUUGAGCACAGUAAAGAUCUAGAUUUGAAUGCUGUCAAUAAUCAAGGCCAGACAGCAUUGAUGAAAGCUAUUAGUAUAGUUUGGAUGACGACAUUUGCAAUUGCACUUAUCAAACGUGGUGCUUAUGUGAACCUCAAGGAUAAAGAAGGCAAAACAGCAUUGAUGCAUGCUAUUGCUCAGAGAGACGAAGACACUGCUCUUGCAAUUAUUGAGCACAGUAAAGAUCUAGAUUUGAAUGCUGUCGAUAAUCAAGGACAAACAGCAUUGAUGAAAGCUGCUAUACAUAGAAAGACUGGAGUUUUGGAGGCACUUAUCCAACGCAAAGCAUCGGUGGACGCAAAGAAUAAUUUAGGCAGGACAGCAUUGUUUUAUGCGUUAGUGGAAUCCUACUCAGCCGCUCGAUAUCUCUUAGAAAAUGGUGCAAAUCUUCACUUGAUAGACAACUAUAAUGUCAGUGUCUUAUCGUAUUUAAUUCAUCACUGUAUUUAUAACGGCGGAGCUAUUGGAAAUUUAAUGGAAGAAAAGCUUGCUUUAUUGAAAGAUAAUGGAGUCAAGAAAGAAACAAUUGUGAAUGGACUUAUCAAUGCAGUAUUCUGUAAAUUGCCACUUUUAAUGAGUCCAGUAAACACCAUCUCAAAAACGUCCAUCACAAAAUUGCUUACUUAUGCUAGUUACUUAUGCAAACUUUCAAAGAAAAGAUUUAGAUUCAAGAAAGAUAAUAAAUGCAGAUUAUUGCAAGACCUGGUAGUUUCGAUUGACAGAGACGAAUAUUCUAUGUCUUCAGUAUUUGAUUUAUCAAUUGAGCUCGAUAAACUUCUGGAACUUGGUGCGGAUCCAAAUAGUUGUGAUGAGCAAGGCAGCACCAUUGCACACCACAUCACUUUACUAGGGGUGUAUGAUAACACUGUUGAAGCUAAAAAUGUUAUUGAUGUUCUUCUCUCUUUGGAGAAAAAGAGACUGCAAAUCAACAAGAAAAACUGCAAGAAGGAAAUACCUCUUUUCUUUAUGCUAACAAAAGCUGUUAACCAUGAUGAGGGAAGGCUUAAUAAAGAAGUCAUUUUAGAUCUGUGCAUUUUUUUUCUUGAAAGAGACAGUGCGAUAUUAAAGGAAACAUCUCAAACCGGCGAUUCAGUAUUUCAUCUCUUAAUCAAGCUUUCAAGUGUCGGAGAUAUUAACGAGGAAUCUUUAGAGCGAUGCAUAAUGGAAAUAUUACGAUUGUUUUCUCAACAACAACGCGAACUCAGCCGUAUUGUUAACAGUACUAACGAUGAAAUGAAUACUCCUCUUCAUGUUUGGGCGGCCGGAUCACAGCAAAAAUCAAGAGCAGGGAAACGUAAUAAUCAGCCAUGGCAUGCUUCUGACAUUUUGAAUUGGCAGGGACCCUCAAAAAAGAUACUUGAUCAGCUUUUGCGUUGUGGUGCUGUGCAUCAUGCAAGAAAUCUGAAGGCCGAAACUCCUCUUCAUAUGUGUAGAACCUGGACUGCUGUAAAGCUAUUGUUUAAAGCAGGAGCAAAGACGAAUGAUGUAGACGCAUUAGGACGAUCGCCUUUACUUUCAGCAGCAAAUAAUCUUCUAUUUCUUGAGAAGUCUGGCUGUUUUUAUCCGGACGUUUCACCAGAUGAGGCACCGACGUUUUGGCAAACAGUUCUGGACAUGCGUUUUGAUUUGUGGACUUGCGACGAGAAUGGAGAUUCUAUCAUUAGUAUUCUUAUAAAGGAAAACUCUUUUGAGCUAGCUGAUGGCUGGAUUGAAAUUGCAUGUGACAACAGCCAAAGCCUGUCGGAUAAAACUUUGGUGGACGUGCUGAAUGCUAUCUGCAAAGAUGAAUCCACUCAGACAACCUGGAAAAGUAUUCUAGUUGACAAAUUGCUCAAACAGCUCAAAUCCACAAGGCGUUCAUUAGAUUUGAGCUUAGCACUUCGAUCCUGCUGCAUGAAUAUCCGUGAUCCUUUUGCUACACUAAAGCGCGCAGAAACAACGGAAUUUGACUCUGUUCAUUAUGAAAUUGUUAAACAACUUCUACGCUACGGUGCAUCUGGUGAAUCCUGCCUGGAUGUUGCUGAAAAUUGUCCACCUCUAAAGACUCUACUUUCUACGCCUGUCUCUAUGGAAGAAAGACCUUUAGUCAUACCCUGGACAUCUUGCUCUCAGAAACACAAGAACCAGUUAGCUGAAGUUGCAAGACAACUCAACUGUAAUACCGAGGGAUCAUAUUGGUACCACGAGACGGAAAUCGGACAUGGGGCAUUUGGACAAGUGUUUGUAGGCAUUCAUGAAAAAGACAGAAUGGAAGUAGCCGUUAAAAGAGUCCGGCAUACGCAACAGGAUCUAAAAAAAGGUAUUCGAGAGAUUAGAACCUUAGCAUCUCUUUCUGAAUGCGAGCAUAUUGUUCGUUAUUUAACUUUUUUUCAAACAUCUGACUAUUCCUUUAUAAUUAUGGAAUUGAUGGAAGGAAAUCUGAUCGAAUACUUUGCCAGUGCGUUUUACGACCGAAGGGAAACCAAAGAGCUCUGCCGAGAUGUGGCACUAGGCUUAAAGUAUCUUCACGAUGAAGACGUCAUUCAUCGCGACCUCAAACCAAACAACAUUCUUUACAACUACCCCAAACUUUGUCUAAAAAUUGCUGACUUCGGUUUGAGCCGUCGUAUAGACGUCAAUGCUUCCUUUACUGUUAUGGCCACCGGAGUCGGAACUCGUGGCUGGAUUUCACCGGAGGUUAUGAAAUCUACCACUCACGAACAUUCCACGUCAUCGGAUGUCUUUUCGUGUGGUCUUGUUUUUCACUAUAUCUUGUCAAAAGGUCACAGACAUCCAUUCAGUCCAGCGGACUGCACUGCAAAAAGUGAGCUAGAAAUCAUACCUAAUACAGAAAUCAACAUUUUGAAUAAUAACAUGGAAGGAUGGGACAGCGGUCUUGAUCCUGAAGCAUCUCAUGUUAUUAAAGAAAUGCUCAAUUGUACCAACGAGAAAGAAAGACCGACCGCAUCCAUUUUGUUACACCAUACAAUGUUCUGGUCAAAGAAGAAGAAACUUGACUUCCUUACUGCUGUUGGUAACCAAGAAGAAUUCGAAUGUUCACGUGCUAAAAGGCCUGCCCCAUCAUUACGUUCAGAUGUCGAGAAAGAUCUAGAGAACGAGUUUGCAACGAUAGUGAAGUUUGGCAAGUGGGAUGAUCCACGCUACACGCAGACAUCGGUGAUUUUCAUUGAGAUGCAAAAGCCAAUAAUGAAACAUGAUAAAAAGGGAAAACCUUACAACGUUCCUGCUAGAAAGUACGACAUCGGUUCUACAGCAGAGCUGGUUCGAUUCAUUCGCAAUGCCAUUGCUCACGUAGCAAGUCAACCACCCGCACUCAAGACACAAAUUCUCGAUGCUGUAUUUCUGGAAGAAUUUCCAAAUCUCGUGAUAGAGGUGUUCAAAGCUGUGACUGCACACGGAUGGGACGUUUCUAGAGAGGAAAUUAAACAUGUCUUGGCAAAUGACUGACAGGAACACUCUUCACAUACAAUGAGUACAGAACAUGUCAGGAACUUUGCUGCAUGCUGAAAAGACUCACCACAACAUUUCUUGCUCCUCUGGUGGCGAUGGAUUUUGUCCUCGCUACGGACCAAUCAUGGAACCCAGUUAUGCACAGCAGACUGUAUAGUUAUCGAUUUUAUUACAGACUGAUUGACAUUGCAUUUUAUAUAUCGUAAUGAAUAGGAAAUAACAUUGUAGUUUUGUAGUUUUACAUGGCAGUCAAACCCGUUAAAGUAGUUCAGAGAUGUAAAGACAUCAAGUUCAUAGCAAAGUCAUUUGAUAUUUUAUGUUCAAUGUUUUGCGACAAUAUUUAAUAUUCUGCAAAAUAUCAUUACAAUGCCGAUAGCAUUUGAUAUUCUAGGUAUCUGUAGUAUUAAAUUGAAUUGAUUAUUUCCUGCGAAUUUCAAAAAGAGGACUUUGUUGKAGUUGUCUUGAUGUCUUUUCAGUGACUGUAGUUUAAUAUAGGAAAGGUAGUAAUACCUUGAUGUACAGGUGGAACUAAAUAUUACUCUAAAUUGUACAUAAGACGCACUUUUUAAAUGGAUUUCAUUGUACUUUAUCCAUUGAAAGGGGGAAAGGGGAGGGGGGGAGGGCUAUUAGGCUUUUAUCAUGUCUAUUACAAGACGCGGUCAGUACAUGUACAUGUCCCGUGUAAAUUGUCAAUGAUAAACUAACUAUAUCUCCAAGGUAACCUCGUGCGAGACGAGGAAAGUGUAAACAGCUAUUGAUCUUAGAUGUUUUUCUUAAUUCAUGUACACUUGUAUAUGGAAGCAAGGCUUUAACAUACAUUAUUGACUCAUUUGCAUAAAUUUCAGAAAUGGAWUUUCAAGCUACAAGAAAAUCAAGCGCAUAAAUAAAAAGAGCUURAUAGCUCUGUUAGCAAUUCAAAAACUUGCAUUUUAUGCAUUUUACAAAGGUUUUUUUAUACAAAAAUAAACUUAUACGAAAACUC